GCCCAGCCCACCCAGACAGCUGGAGCUCAAGGUGUCCCUGGCCACACCCCUCUCCUAUCUGAUUGGGGAUGGUUCUGACCCACCUGAAGGUCCAGCCUGGCGAAUGUAUCGCAGUGAAGGGGACGGUGCCGCUGGAUGCCAAGAGCUUUGCCCUGAACAUGGGUCGGGCUGGCUCGGACCUGGCCCUUCACUUCAACCCCCGAUUUGAGAGCCACGGGGACACCUGCAUCAUCAUCUGCAACUCGCUGCAGGGUGGGGAGUGGGGGCAGGAGCAGCGGGAGCCAGACUUCCCCUUCCAGCAGGGGCAGGAUGCCAAGAUCUGCAUCUCCUUCGAUGACCAGGAGCUGACGGUGGCCCUGCCGGGGGAGCAGCAGCUCAAGUUCCCCAACAGGCUGGGGCUGGAGGCCAUCGAAUUCUUCUCCGUGGAGGGAGACUUCAGGGUCAAGUCCAUCAAGUUCAAGUAGCUCCACCCCUUCCCUGCUGGCUCCUCCUCUUCCCUGCUGGCUCCACCCACUCCAUGGGGGGGUUAAAACCUACCAAUAAACAUG